AUGACUAGCAAAACUGCCAAAGAUAACAAAAGAUUAGAAGAGAUGGCAGACCGAGAAUAUCAAUUAUCAUAUCUCGCAGCAGUCGAACGUAAUCAGAUACCCUUAUCACGGGCAUUACUCAUAAUAUUGUAUGGUUUCCAUCUAAUCAAACUUCCAAUAAUACAACAAUAUACCACCAAAUUUCUAUUUUUACAGAAUCAAGUUGGAUUCAAUGCUAAUAAUAAACCAGUUUAUGAUAUUCACAUGGAUGAUUUAUAUUAUGUGAUUAAUUGGGUUAUCAUGAUAACAUUCCUUCGUUCAUUCCUUAUGAAAUGGUGUUUUGGUCCAUUUGCAUCGAAAUUUUGUCAUAUUCAUUCUCGUAAAGCAAAAGUAAGAUUUGCUGAACAAAGUUGGUCAGCAGUAUAUUAUUCAUUUUCAUUUAUAUAUGGAGUUUAUCUUUUCUUAAGGUCACCAUAUUAUAAUAAUUUAGAUCAUGUUUACCUAGGUUGGCCAGAUCAUCCAAUGGAAGCGGCAUUUAAGAGAUAUUAUUUGAUUUCUACUGCGUUUUGGUUUCAACAAAUCUUUGUGUUGAAUGUUGAACAACAUAGAAAAGAUCAUUAUCAAAUGUUUAGUCAUCAUAUUAUUACUUGUUUAUUAAUUGUUGGAUCAUAUUAUUAUUAUUUUUAUAGAAUUGGACAUUUAAUUUUAAUGAUUAUGGAUUCUGUUGAUAUUUUUUUAGCGGUUGCCAAAAUGUUAAAAUAUGCAAGAUAUACUCGUGCUUGUGAUGCUAUGUUUAUAUUAUUCUUAAUAAGUUGGACAGUUUUAAGACAUGGUGUUUAUAAUUAUGUUUUUUAUCAUCUGUUCACUAAAGCAAUGAUUUUGUCUGGGCCAGGGGAAUGUGCCGUUGGCGCAGUACAAAAAAGAUGUUGGACUCCUGGUGUUUAUUAUACAUUCUUUUCAUUAUUAGGUGGAUUACAAGUUAUUACUUUGAUUUGGAUGUAUUAUAUUGUCAAAGUUGCCUACAAGGUUGUGACUGGAUCAGGGGCAGAAGAUGUUAGAAGUGAUGAUGAAGAUACAGAUGUUGAAAUUACUGAAACUAAAAGCAAGAACUAUAAACAAAGAGAAGAUUACAUUCAAGAUUUGGCCGUUGAUACUGAAGAUUUGGAAAGUGAUGAAAGUGUUGAUUCCGUAAUUGAGGUUAAUCUGAAAAGUAUGGAAAGAGAUAUUUACAGUUCAGCGUCUGAUGUUACUCUUGGUGAUGAUAAAGAUUUGAAUCAAAGGAAUAUCUGA